UAAGUUGUUAGAAGUAUAUAAUUCACUUUCUCUCAGUCUCUAUAAAGUAAAAAAAAAAAACAUAGCGAACAACAAACAAAGACCAUCUAAUUUUACUUUCUAAGAUCUCUGUUUCGUCUUUAUUUGAAUUGUUCUUCGUUUUUUUUUAAGAUUCUAGGUCAAAAACUCUUGAUCCAUUCUUCUCUCUCUCUCUCUGUGAUCGAAAGGUUUAAACUUUUUUUUUUUUUUUUUUAAUUCGACGAAAAAACCUCUCCGGCGAUGGUUUUAUCGGCGAAGCAAACUUUCUCAACAAAGAUCGGGCUUUUCCGACGAAACCCUUCUUCACUUCACCAAAGAUCUCCACUUUCUCUCUCCUUUCCAUCGACGACGGAGCUUCCAAAACGCACCGUUUUAUCCGUCACGAAGCCGCUUCAUCUCUCUUCUCUGAGAGCCAAGUCUCCGUUAGUGAGACCCUGUGAAGCUUACGAAGCUGACCGAUCAGAGCCAACGCCUCCGAUCGGUGGUGAUGAUGCUACGGCGGAGGCGGCGUUGGAAACGAAAUCGGAAGCGGCUAAGCGUUUGAAGAUCGGGAUUUACUUUGCUACUUGGUGGGCUUUGAACGUUGUGUUCAAUAUCUACAACAAGAAGGUCUUAAACGCUUACCCUUACCCGUGGCUCACCUCGACGCUCUCUCUUGCCGCUGGUUCGUUGAUGAUGCUAAUCUCUUGGGCUGUUGGGAUCGUUGAGACUCCCAAGACUGAUUUCGAUUUCUGGAAAACUCUUUUCCCGGUUGCUGUGGCGCAUACAAUUGGUCAUGUGGCUGCGACGGUGAGUAUGUCAAAGGUUGCGGUUUCGUUCACUCACAUCAUCAAGAGUGGUGAACCUGCGUUUAGUGUGCUUGUCUCUAGGUUCAUUUUAGGUGAAACCUUCCCAACUUCGGUGUACCUGUCUCUCAUUCCUAUCAUUGGUGGUUGUGCUCUCUCGGCCCUUACUGAGCUUAACUUCAACAUGAUUGGUUUUAUGGGAGCUAUGAUAUCGAACUUGGCUUUCGUCUUCCGUAACAUCUUCUCCAAGAAGGGAAUGAAGGGAAAGUCUGUGAGCGGAAUGAACUACUACGCUUGUCUCUCAAUGUUGUCUCUACUGAUACUCACUCCCUUUGCGAUUGCGGUUGAAGGACCUCAGAUGUGGGUCGAUGGUUGGCACAAUGCGCUCGCUGCUGUCGGACCACAGUUUGUCUGGUGGGUACUCGCGCAGAGUGUGUUCUAUCACCUUUACAACCAAGUCUCUUACAUGUCUUUAGACCAAAUCUCUCCCUUGACAUUCAGUGUUGGUAACACGAUGAAACGUAUCUCCGUCAUUGUCUCCUCCAUCAUUAUCUUCCGCACUCCAGUCCAGCCAGUUAACGCCCUUGGAGCUGCCAUUGCUAUCCUUGGAACCUUCUUGUAUUCCCAGGCAAAGCUCUGAUUUGGAAGACAUAAGGGGUGUACGGGUGUGGUGUUGAGCUAGUGAAUUCGGUUUAAACCGAGGGAAAGAGCUUAAUGUAGAUAUCCUCAAUAAUGACAAAAGACACGAGAAUGCUUUUAGAGUGUGUUAGGCGGUUAUUUAAUUUGAGUUUUUUCUUUUUUGAAUUUGGGGGAAGUGAGAAGAUUGCCUCUUUUGUAACUAAAGUGGGAUAUAGAUAUUGUCCCCUUGAGAAUAAGACGACACCCUGAAACUCUCUUUUCAACUAAGAGAGAAAAUAUCAUUCAAAAAGAAAUAGAGAAUAUAUUAUCUCCAGAUUAUUCA